UAGUUUCUGUCUUAAGUCUGUCAGUGCUUGGGUUCAUGUUGUUUUGUGCUCACUCGCAGACAUGGCUGUUCAUCUGAGCUUUGUUCUCAUCCUCACUGGACUCACAGGAGUUCACAGCAUAACUAUGGUCAGUCGAUUGUCGGUGAAAUCAAGAGCUUCGAUCACUAUCCCAUGUCCCUAUGAAUCACAAUACUGGGACAAUGUGAAAUACUUGUGUAAAGGGACUAAUUGGUUAACUUGCUCUACUGAAAUUCGAACUGAUAAACAAAGCUCAAGAAAGUUUACAAUCUCUGAUGAUAAAAUCCAAAGCAUAUUCACAGUGACUAUAAAAGAUCUGACAGAUGAAGAUACUGGUUAUUACUGGUGUGCUGUGGAGAUUGACAACGAUCCAGAUGUCAGAACUUUUUUUUACCUAUCAGUCACUAGAGGUUUGUCCAGUCUCUAUGUGGAUCAUCAGGAGGUAACAGGCUUUAAAGAAGAAAAAAUAACCAUCACAUGUUACCACAGCAAACCUGGAGAAGCAAAGUGGUGCAGGCUGGGCAGAUCCUGUGUGACAGGGCCUUUUGCAUCAAUGGAUGGAACAGCAGUCGUGGCCAUCAAAUCGGAUUUGCAGAGUUUCACUGUGACUAUGAGUGGACUGAAGUUAGAGAGCAGCGGCUGGUAUUACUGUGUUAAAGGAGACUUACAGAUGCCAGUGCAUGUGACUGUUACUGAGAGACCGACAACUACCACUCAUGCAACAACAAGAGGUUUCUCUACCUUAUCACCCACUCCUGAUCUCAUCCCUGUCACUGGAGACGAACCAACUACCAAAGUUGAGACAAAAAAUCGCAGUGCUUCAGUUUACCACAAGAGUCUCAUCAUCUCUCUGAGCUUGCUGAUCCUCACUGUAAUGGUGGCGUUGUUAAUCUGGUGUAUAAUAAAAAAACACAAACAGACCAAAGCAGAAUCAUCAGCCACAACAAUGAAAGAAGCAGAAGUAACAUACAGUACUGUGAAACAAAAGAGAAAAACAUCAAGCCAGAAUGAAGAGGAUGCGACAUACUGUAAUGUUGCCUACAAGAGACAAUCAUCAGGCCAGAGGUCAUGUGCUGAAAGCGAUGUGGACGUGAUGUACACCAUGUUGUCUGGUCACUCACUUAUCAUGACUGCUCAUGUCACCUUUCUUCUCAUCCUCACUGGACUCACAGGAAUUCACAGCAUAACAACAGUCAGUAAAGUGUCAGUGAGGACUGGAGGUUCAGUCUCUAUUCCAUGUUUCUAUGAGUCAGAAUACAAAAAUCAUGUGAAAUAUUUGUGUAAAGGAGCUUUCUGGGUGUCCUGCUCCUCUGUAGUUAAAACAAACCAACACAGUAGUUCAGGAAAGUUUUCAAUCUCUGAUGACCAAAGCCAAAGAAUCUUCACUGUGACUAUAAAAGACGUGACGGAUAAGGACACGGACUACUGGUGUAUUGUGGAAAUGAAUGAUGGGCCAGAUUACGGAAAGCAUUUUCAACUGUCAGUCACCGGAGCUACACCCAGUCUCUAUGUGGACCAUCAGGAGGUAACAGGAUUUAAAGGAGGGAAUAUCACGAUUAGUUGUCGAUACAGUAACCCUGGAGUAAUAGAGUGGUGCAAGCUGGGCAGUUUCUGUGUGACCGGGCCAUCAGGAUCAAUAGAUGGAACAACAGUCACUAUCAAUGCAAGUGUCCCAAAUGUUUUCACUGUGACUAUGCAUGGACUCAUGAGCAGCAGCUGGUAUUAUUGUGUUAACGGAGACUUACAGAUGCCAGUGCAUGUAACUGUCAACGAGCAACCCAUAACUACAACAAGACUUUUAAGCACCUUUUCACCUACUACUGAGCCUCUUUUUCCAGACGAUUCAUGGUUUCAGGACGGAAAGGACAGUGCUCCAGUCGACCUAAAGCUCUACAUCAUCCCUCUGAGUUUGCUGAUCGUCAUUGUCAUGGUCAUCUUGUUCAUCUGGUUUAUGUUGAGAAGAUGCAUGCAGACUGAAGCAGACUCAUCAGCCACAACAACAGCUGAACAGGAAGUAACAUACAGUAUUGUUAAGACAAAGAAAACAACGUCAGACCGGGCUGAAGAGGAAGUGACAUACAGCAAUGUCAAUCACAUGACAAAAACUUCAGACAAGGUUGAAGCAAACGAUGAUGAUGUAACAUACAGCAGGUUGGCUCAGCACGAACAAAACCUGUAAAUGUUACCCCCUCCCCGACACCUUAUCCGUUAUUUUAUCACUUUUUUAGAUGAUGCAAUGCAACGUGUUGUCAUUAUUUCUUUGGAAUUGCAAUAACUUCUUACUUCUUCUUUUUUUCAUUCGGAGUGCUUACACCUUUUCAGUUUUUAUAUUCCUCCUGCAUAGCCAGAAAACAAGUCCUGACCUUGGCCUGAUACCCCAGAAGUAUAAUUUAAGAUGAUUGCAAAAUCAAUCUUACAAACCUUCUUCAGCUAAAGGGAUGUUCCCCAGAAGCAUUGACAACAGCACUCUCACUCGUAGAUAGGACUUACCCACUUGUAGAGGGUUUUACUGUUUUUCUUCAUUUCAGUCUGUAUUAUUAUCAUGUCUUUUAAGCUAUAUAUUUGAUGUAAAAUUAAUGUUAUUGUUGAAUGAAAAAAA